CGUUCUUUUGGAGAGAGUUGAGAUUUCGAAGCUCAGGCUCUGAAGAUUUUGAUUUUUUCGAUCUGGUUUAAAAUGGUUUUGCUGAGAGAACAUAGUAAAGCCUUGGCGCUCUAGUCUAGAAAUCUUGUUUCUAGUUUUCUUUUUCUUUUUUUCCUUCCAGUAAAUGGGCUGCUUUCAAUCUAAAGUAACAAGACAAUACCCCGGACACGAAGACCCGACUAUUCUCGCUUCACAAACUGCAUUUAGUGUUAGUGAAGUUGAAGCACUUUUUGAGUUAUUCAAGAGCAUUAGCAGUUCGGUGAUCGAUGAUGGGCUGAUCAACAAGGAAGAAUUUCAAUUAGCUCUAUUUAAGAAUAGGAAGAAGGAAAACAUUUUCGCAAAUCGGAUCUUCGAUUUAUUUGACGCAAAGAAGAAGGGGGUCAUUGAUUUUGGCGACUUCGUUCGAGCACUCAAUGUCUUCCAUCCAAAUGUCUCAGAAGAGGACAAAAUUGAUUUUGCAUUUAGACUUUAUGACAUGGAUGGAACAGGUUUUAUCGAGCGUAAUGAGGUCAAACAGAUGCUGAUCGCACUAUUAUGUGAAUCUGAAAUGAAGUUGGCUGAUGAAACCAUCGAGGCAAUUCUUGAUAAGACAUUCUUGGAUGCUGACAUGAACCAGGAUGGAAAGAUCGAUAUAUCUGAAUGGAAAAACUUCGUCUCCCGCAACCCGUCACUGUUGAAAAUCAUGACCCUUCCAUACCUGAGGGAUAUAACGACGACAUUUCCAAGCUUUAUUUUCCAUUCCGAAGUUGAUGAGGUUGCAACAUGAUUGUUGUAGUAUGUGAUGGACUUUUAGCAUGGGUCUUGCAUGCAUUGGGUUGGGAUGCAUUUUUUACAUGAUUUGUGUGAAGAAAAUAGGUUUAGAUGCUGCUAUGAAGGCUAAAGCUAUCAAAGCUUUCAUAAAGAUAGCUAGCUAAAUGUGCUUAGCGUUGUUAGUGGAUUGUAUAGGGCAUUAUUGUAAUUCAUAUUUUUCAAGUUUAAUUAUUUAAUCAAUUGAUUUGUAGUGA